AUGCCGGACAAAUUGAGGACCUCGGUUGGGCUGUACUCGCACGGUGGCUCUGUAAUUAGCUCUUUAAUCGUCAUCGCAGCGCGCACAGUUGAUGCAACGCGUUUCCGAGAAGGCGAUCAGGGGAGAUCGCGGGAGGGGCGGCAAAUUACCGUCAGAUAUGUGUGCCGGCCGUCCGGUAAUUGCAAAAAUCAGUCGGCGGCCCACGGAACGGGCUCGAGGCUUGAACAGCAGGAAGGCAUAACCGCGCGCCAACUCUCCCGUCGACACCAUAAGGCCAGACAUUGUCUCGGAUCUCAAUCGGUGUUCCCCACCGCAAAUAGUUUGACUAUUAGA